AUUGUUAAAUGUUAUCCAAAGAUGAGUUCGAAAAAAAGCAACAUUUCUGCUCAUUUGGUCUGUUCCGAUCUCGCGAGAGUUUGACCAGUGGGUAAAAAGGCUUCGAGCUGGGUGUGAUUGACGACUUCCCCUUCAUUUAUGAGAAGCAUGCCCGGUGAAGUCAAGCCUCGGAUGGUGGUUCUUUAUGGCUCUCAGAAAGGUCAAGCUCAGUCCUUAGCGGAAGGGAUCGCUGAAGAGGCAGAGGUGCAUGGACUCCUUGCUGAGCUCAGUUGCUUGAAUGAAAAGGAAAAGUACAAUCUGGAGAAGGAGAAGUCCCCUGUGGUCUUCAUUGUGUCCACCACUGGAGACGGGGAGCCACCUGACAACACCCUGCAAUUUGUCAAGCAUAUCAAGAAGAAGACCCACCCCUGUGAUUACUUAAAACACCUCAAUUAUGCACUUUUAGCUUUAGGAGACACAAAUUAUGCAAACUUUUGCAACUGUGGCAAGACUAUUGAGAGGCAUCUACAGAAACUUGGGGCACAACAAUUUUAUGCAACGGGAUAUGCAGAUGACGGUGUAGGGCUGGAAGUGGUCGUGGAUCCUUGGCUUGAAGGACUGUGGAAAGCCGUCAAAGCAGCCAUAUCCAAUAUGGCGUCGGAUUGGAGCGUUAAAGAGGAUUCAGUCAAUAAAACCCUGGAUUCUUCUGUACCAGAUGUCCAACUAAACCUCCUAAGUCUCACUAACCACCAGACUCCUGAAGUUUCCACUGAACCGGAUCCCAGAUGUGCCCCUGCGGAAUGUAAUGUUGGUCCAGUGUCUCCCUCAGAGAGUUCUAAAGUGGCACCCAAAGGUGUCAGUUUAAUAACAACAACAGGACCAGAGACACAAAACAAGCAUCCUGGAUCUUCUCCUGCACCUUCACUGACACACUCUGGGACCCCUCUGUCUGAUUUAUCUCUAAAUGUUCCUGCUUUGCCCCCGUCUUUCUUGGACGUGUCUCUGCAGGAAGUCAUUCCUGCCGAAGGAGAGAUUUCUGCACCAUUAAAUCAAGACAUUCUGUAUGAAGUACCCAUAUCCAUGGCAGUUCAUUUGACAACAGGAGAGUCCGUCAAGACCGCCAUCCUUAUGCAACUGGACAUCACUGCUUACCCGACGUUGACCUAUCAGCCAGGGGAUUCGUUUGAUGUUUUCUGCCCAAAUAGAGCCUCUGAGGUUGAGCGAAUGCUCUGCAGAUUGGGCCUCGAGGAUCAGAAGAAUCAUAAAGUCCAUAUUUCCAUACUUGAAAAAACCAAGAAAAAAGGUGCUCAGUUGCCAUCCUACAUCCCUCAGAACAUUUCACUGCUCUACAUGCUCACCUGGUGUUUGGAGAUUAGAAGUGUUCCCAAGAAGGCCUUCUUACGAGCCCUGGCUGAACAUACAGUGGACAGCGUGCAAAAAAGGAGACUGCAGGAGCUCUGUAGCAAACAAGGUGCUGCAGAUUACAACCAGUAUGUGAGAGAGUCUAACCUCUGCCUUUUGGAGCUUCUUGACGCCUUUCCGUCAUGCUCGCCACCUCUCGGACUCCUAAUAGAGCAUCUCCCCAAGCUGCAGCCGAGGCCGUAUUCAGCCGCCAGCUCCUGCCUUCAGCAGCCAGGAAAGCUGAAUUUCGUGUUUAGUGUAGUGGAAUUCCCAGCGUGCUCUUGGCGGCCUGUGGGGAGGCGAGGCUUGUGUAGUGGUUGGCUUUCUGACCUCGUCAACCCUGUCCAGGUUCUCCCUGACAAGCCGGAACUACUGUGCGGCACGGCUCCGCCAAAGAUCUAUGUGAGUUUGAGACCCAACUGCUCCUUUCGACUUCCACCUGACCCAUCGGUUCCUCUCAUAAUGGUCGGGCCUGGCACCGGAGUCGCGCCCUUCAUUGGUUUCCUGCAGCAAAGAGAAAAGGAAAGGCAGCAGAAGGCAGACGCAGGGUUUGGCGAGACCUGGUUGUUUUUUGGCUGCCGCUACAAAGACCGAGACUACCUGUUCAGAGAAGAACUGGAGGGCUUUGUGUCCAGUGGUACCUUGAACCACCUGAAGGUAUGUUUCUCCAGAGAUGAGACAAAGGAGGAAGAGGCCAGAAUCUCAGGAGGACCACCAAGAUAUGUCCAACACAACCUGCUGCUCCAUAGCCAUGACAUCAUCAACAUCCUGCUUAAGGGCAACGGUUGCCUCUAUGUUUGUGGGGACGCAAAGAACAUGGCUAAAGACGUGAACGACACCCUGAUGGAGAUGAUCAAGGCGGAGCUCCAGGUGGACCAACUGGACGCCAUGAAGCGACUGGCCACGCUACGAGAGGAGAGACGCUACUUGCAGGACAUCUGGGGAUGAUUGCUUUUUUUUACAUUUUCAACUUGUUGUGCUGUUACCUUCUGAGCUAUGGGUGCCUGCAGGGAACGUUUACUACCCGUUGCUUCAGCGAUAGACUGGCCCGCGCUGACCUGAGGAUAUAGCCUCUUUACAUCAUUUCAGACUUUGCUCUUUUUAGCAGCAAGGACCUUGGCGAGAGGGCAAUGGUGCCGCUUAUUGGUCCUCGUGGUGGGAAAAUGCUUUUAGGGUUGACAAGAACCUCAACGUUUGUCCUGCCCGGCAAAGCAUUUAAGUCAGCUUUGAUGGAGGGAUUUCAAUGAGACUCUACCUUUCUGAAUACACAACACAGUCAUUUGCGAUUACACACACACACACACACACACACACACACACACACACACACACACACACACACACACACACACACACACACACACACACACACACACACACACACACACACACACACACACACACACACACACACACACACACACAUUUAUAAAAGAAUGUGCAUUCUCACAGACAAAAGUAAAUAGAUUGCUUUUGAAUCUGUAAAAGCCACUGCCACCUUUGCAAAGAACUUCUGAAGGCCACAAAUAACUCAAUUUUCUUUCAUUCUAAUUCAGGUAUAAUGAAUAGUAGAGGUUUUUUUUUUAAUUAAUUUUUUUUAAUCGGGGACAAGCGGUAGAAAAUGGAUGGAUGGAUGGGUUCUGGAAUAAUGCAAUUAAGCUUUUCUUGACGAGAGAACAUCCUUUUUAUUAAUUAUGAUACUGUGUAAAGCUCAAAGCAAGCAUACCGUAAUUUCCGGACUAUCGAGCGCCCCGGUAUUUAAGACGCUCCCACCAAAUUUUAGAAGAAAUUAAUAUUUUUACAUAUAUUAGCUGCACUAGAUUAUAAAUCGCAGAUAUAUACGUUGUGAAAAGAGAUAUUUUGUUUAUAAUUGUUUCCAAGCGGUGCCUGUCACACAGCAGUAAAACGGCUGAUCAAACAAAACAGGAGUCAUCGUCAUGGACCUACUCGCUGCUGAAGCUAGCCCUCCAAUCAGCUGAACAGACUCAAUAAGUUCACGGUGACGUUUUGGUGAAUUUACGAAACUGAAACAAUACAUACAAUAAUGCUAUUGUAUGUACAUAAUUCUAACAGACACUUGUAAACGUGUUAGCAUAUUUGCUAGUGCUAACUAGAUUACAUUACAAUAGCACGUACAAUUAUCAUGAGAACACUCCAACAGACAACACAUGGGGCGGUUUCGUAAGUAUAAUUGUUUAGUUAUAUUGUAAGACUUAGGAACGUUGCCUGGAGUGAUGAAUGAAGAAUCCUUUCGAGCAAAAACGCUAUGGAUGGUCAUACUUCCGGUUUAAGGCACAAAACAAAGUACAUUUUCAACCCACAGCACCUGCAGUGAGCAAACUUGUCCAAAAUGGCGCCUUGGUACUCACAAAAACAGCUUUUCAGUGUCUCUGUCUGUGUAAUAUGAAAACUAUUUGUUGAAUACAAAAGAUGGCCGUUAGCUGCACCGUUUUAUAAGCCGCAGGGUUCAAAGUGAAGCGGGUUAGAGUCCGGAAAAUACGGUACAUGGCAUGUUGAAUCCCAAAUUUCAAGUAAUUUGUUUUGGCCUUCCCGUGUGCACAAAGGCCAGCGAACUUGACAAUCCCACACCAACGGUGCCUUCACGGCUUCAGCUUUUGUACAAUUCAGAUUUCAUCAGAUUUUUUGAGGGGAUGGCUUCCCAACAAAUCCUGAGGCUGUAACUUGACAGUACAAGCUGUGUUUGCUGUUCAUUGAAGACUUUUUGUGGCCUCACAGGGAGAGAGAGGCUUCCUCCGAAUUAAAUCUUCCAACAGCGCUUGUUUCAUUUCUGCUUUUUGAAGGGAGGGGAAAAACAUGUUUGCAAUCUGCGCUCCCUGCACUGUUGACACAACAUUUAAUUUGUUUUUGAGUGCAGAGUAAACAAAACUGUCACUGUCGCGGAAAACCACCCCUGACUGUGACUAAUUGGUUUAAUACUUGAUUGUCAAACAUAGCGCCCACCUUGUCUCGCACCUCUUCUGCCCCUCAUAUGGAAGAAACUUUCACCUGUACUCAACAUCAAACUCACAGUGGAACUUGCAGAUGUUGGACAAUUUGAAGUACAACCAAAAUAUGCCCUGAAAUUCAAACAAAUCAUCACGCACGUCUUGCAAGACUUUAAACGUUUAAAACACGUGUGUCCAAACUUAUUCCACUGAGAGCCGCACACUGAAAAAUGAAGGAAAGCGGGGGCCAUUUUGAUAUUUUUCAUUUUCAAAAUCAAUACAAUAUAGGGCUCCCCUCAAUGGUGAAUGUUAGGUUCCAGUCAUUAAAGUGUACUUAUAUAUUAAUAGUUGUUUUACUUUCAACGCUUAAAUAUCUAUUGAUCAACUUUAGGACUAUCCAAUGCCAUAGACCUUUUACUUUUUUCUUACUUUAUUUUUAUCACAUGGACAAAGAUAAGCCCUUCUGGAGGAAAGUUCUGUGGUCAGAUGAAACUAAAAUUGAGCUGUUUGGCCACAAUACCCAGCAAUAUGUUUGGAGGAGAUAAGGUGAGGCCUUUAAUCCCAGGAACAACAUUCAUACCGUCAAGCAUGGUGGUGGUAGUAUUAUGCUCUGGGCCUGUUUUGCUGCCAAUGGAACUGGUGCUUUACAGAGAGUAAAUGGGACAAUGAAAAAUGCGGAUUACCUCCGAAUUCUUCAGGACAACCUAAAAUCAUUAGCCCGGAGGUUGGGUCUUGGGCGCAGUUGAGCGUUCCAACAGGACAAUGACCCCAAACACACGUCAAAAGUGGUAAAGGAAUGGCUAAAUCAGGCUAGAAUUUAGGUUUUAGAAUGGCCUUCCCAAAGUCCUGACUUAAGCGUGUGGACAAUGCUGAAGAAACAAGUCAAUGUCAGAAAACCAACAACUUUAGCUAAACUGCACCAAUUUUGUCAAGAGGAGUGGUCAACAAUUCAACAAGAAGCUUGUGGAUGGCUACCAAAAGCGCCUUAUUGCAGUGAAACUUGCCAAGGGACAU